UAGUUGCAUUUCCUCUACAGCCUGCAGUGACCCACUCCUCCCGUGGACAGGACGGACGUUGGCAAAGCAACAAGCUUCACACAGUGAGAAAAGGACUCGCUGUAUUUUGAUUUUACAGGAAAGAUGGGGAGCAUGUAUAAGGAUGAGCAGGAUGACUGGAUGACUGUCUGUCUCAAGUACCUCCUCUUUGUCUUUAACUUUCUAUUUUGGAUGGGUGGAGGUGUGGUGAUGGGGGUGGGGAUCUGGACUCUGAUCGAUAAGGGCGAGUACCUAAGCCUGUUGGCCUCCAGCACAUUUGCCGUGUCUGCCUACAUCCUCAUCCUGGCUGGAGCCCUGGUCAUGGUCACUGGCUUCCUGGGCUGCUGCGCUGUCAUCCGUGAGCAGAGGAGCCUCCUCUCAAUGUACUUCUCCUGUCUGCUGGUGAUAUUCCUGAUUGAGCUUGUUGCUGGAGUUCUAGCAUAUGUGUAUUAUCAAAAGUUGAGUGAGGAGCUGAAGCAGCACCUGAGGAAGACCAUGACAGAGAACUAUGCUCAACCAGGGAAGGAGGGCAUCACUCGGGCUGUGGACCGACUUCAGCAGGAUUUCAAGUGUUGUGGGAGCAACAACUCCUUCGAUUGGCAGCACAGCGUGUACAUCAUGUCACCGGAAGCAGAGAAGAGGGUUGUUCCUGAUAGCUGCUGCAAAUCUAUGACCCUUCAGUGUGGCUGGAGAGACCACCCCUCCAACAUCUACAAAGUGGAAGGUGGCUGUAUCACUAAGCUGGAGCACUUCCUGGCUGAACACCUGCUCAUCAUCGGAGCUGUGGGGAUAGGCGUGGCCUGUCUACAGUUAGCAGGAGCAAUGCUGACUGCCUGCUUUAUUUAUCUGCUUUAUAAAGAAGAGGAAGAAGACUUCUCUGACGUUUGAUUGCUUUUUGCCACUGUUUGGCUCCUGCUGAACAGCCAAGAUCUGUGGAAUGGUGUUUACCUGUUGCUUGCACAGACGGGUAAAGCUGGACCCAUACUGACUGUGGUUCGCCCCGACUGUCCCAGCCCCCAGCCUUCCUUUCUCCUCAUCAGUCUCUCAACCGCAUGGAUGUGCUCCCCUCUCCAGGACAGACAUGGAGAGGCCUUUUUCCUUCUUUUAAUGCCUUCGCUCUCAAUUUCAGCAUGAAGCCGGGAACACAGGAACACGCAUCAUCAGCAUAGACACUAGAGUUGAUGACCAAGAGUCUCUUGCCUUUAAUGCGGGAGUCUCAGCAUGUAAGAUGAUUAUCCAGUUUACAUGUGACAGGAUUUUUCACCCAAACUAUUUUUUAGAAAAAAAAGGAAAGCUAUUUUUAUUUUGUUUCUCUUUAGCUGUUUUAAAACAUUUCAUCUUUAUGAUACUGGAUGUCAGCUGUCAACUAGCAGGCACAAAAAUAGAAGUAUACUUAUUAAAUCUAUGCAGUAUACUUAUUAAAUCUAUGUACCAUGAUUCUUUAAAAAAAAUACACCUCUAAAUAAUGUACUUGUCACACUAGGUAGUAGAAAUUACACACCUUUAAAAUUGUAAUCAAAUGUAUUUUUAGAUUUCACGAGAAUACUCGCAUCUGUCUUUCCAUUGUGUGUAACACGGCAUGCUGAAGUUCAACACACAUGAGACAUUUUCCAAAAUCACUACUGUGAACCUACAAUGGACAGGGGUGGAUCUUAUACCAUGACACAUUUCAAAAAGUGUCCUGGGUCCCUGAGUACUUCAGUAACAAAGGUGUAACAUUUUGCUCUUUUGGAAACCCAGAGCUCUUAUUUUGAUGGGGUGCUUUCUAAACAGCAUAGGAUAUGAUGAGCCUUUUGGAAUUUGUUCCCUAGUAUUGGUUAUUACUGACUUUCUAUUGUCAUGUUUUCUUGUGGUUACUUCCCUGGAACUGUCUUUAUUGCAUUUUAAAUGGAGCACUGGUAUCAUGCAAAUAUAUUGACCAGCAGAGUGAACUUUU